UGGAUCCCACCUGUCACAUAUCUUUUUAUAUAUACCACCUAUACAUACAUAUAUACACCCACCCCUCAUAUCUUUAUCUAUCAACAACACUUGUACACCAUCAACAAAUAUCAUAUCAUUCACCUUAACACAUUUCAAUUUCAACGUAAUCACUAGGGAAGAUUAAUCAUGUCUCAACCGCAAUCUGAAUCGCAAUCCGAUGCGGGUGAGAUUAUGUUGUUCGGUGUGAGAGUGAAGGUUGAUCCGAUGAGGAAGAGUGUGAGCAUGAACAAUCUUUCACAAUAUGAAUCACCUAAUAAGAAUAAUAAUAAUAAUAAUAAUCUUCUCGGUGCAUCCGCCACCGUCGCUGCUGCCGCUGCAAACACCGGGUACGCCUCCGCAGACGACGUCGUUCGCCGCCAAUCCAACGGUAGCCGAGAGCGCAAACGAGGAAUUCCGUGGACCGAAGAGGAACACAAGCUGUUUCUGCAAGGAUUGCAGAAAGUAGGUAAAGGGGAUUGGAGGGGAAUUUCUAGAAAUUUCGUCAAGACUCGCACGCCUACGCAAGUUGCAAGCCAUGCUCAGAAGUACUUCCUCCGUCGGAGCAACCUCAAUCGUCGUCGUCGUAGAUCUAGCCUGUUUGAUAUCACUACCGAUUCGGUUGCUAUUGCUAUGCAAACAGAAGAACAAGGUAAUGAAAACAAUAAGGUCCAAGUUGUUGUUCAACCAUCGAUGCCACCAACACCGAUACAGCGCCAGAAUCCGGUCAAUGGCGGGUCAAGGCAGAUUGUUCACCCGAUCACAGCCGUUCCAGCUGCUAACCCAUCAACAAGGAUGGAUUUGAAUCUGUCUCUAACAUACAACCCCAACCGAUCGUCUUCGUAUCAAGUGAUGUCGGGAUUCAACAAUGGAGAUAGCAUGAUUAGUGUUAAUUAAUUAUAAAAAAAUGGUAAAGAGUAGAAAGAAUAAGAAGAGUAAAGUAGUUAUGUGACUUAAAGUUAAUCCUCUUGUUAAUUAUGUUUUUUAAAGUUAACUAUGGUGUUGUAUGUCUACCCUUAUAUCUAUAUGGUUAAUGUUUGUUUUGUAAUUGGAAGAAACAAAGGGAAAUUGAAUACAACACUAGUUCCAUAA